AAUGCUAUUUAGUAUAUGCGCACAUAUAAUUGUUGUUGCAUUCUUAUUCGUACAGGUGAAGAUAAGCGACAAUGGAACUCCUGAACUGUACUCGAUAACAAUUGUCGAGGUAGAAAUUACCGAUGAAAAUGAUAAUUCUCCUCAAUUUUUUUCCGAUACGAUUGCCUUACAUUUACCUCAAGAAGGUUUACCGCUUGAAAAAGCAUUCUAUAAAGCUACUGCCUUUGACCCGGACUCCGGAAAUAAUGGUCGUAUCAUUUACUCUUUGCGAAACGUCUCAAGUCAAUUAAAGAACAUCAUAUACGUUGACUCGGAAUACGGUUGGAUUUAUGCUAGGAAGACUCUAUUACGGCUCUCAACCAAUUUCUUUGCAAUUGCUUCAAAUGGAAAGUUGAUCAGUGAAUCCAAGAUUCAUUUAAAUGUCAUCGAGUGUGCUGAGAAAAAAGACUUCGUUAUUAAAAAUUCUGGGCAUACGUUUCGAGUAUCUGAAGAUACUGAUGUGAAAGAGGAAGUUAUAAAAAUAUCCAUUGAACCGUCUAACGUGGAGUGCGUCAGAUACUUUUUAGAUUCAUCUAAUGAGGAUAAUAAUGAUUUUGUGAUAACGGAUAGCGAAGCUCCCAUUGUUCAGCUUUCUACUAAGCUGGAUUAUGAAAAGAAGAAAGUAUAUAAUGUUACUGUAUUGGUCACUGAUGCUCACAAGAAAGUAGUUGCCUGGUUCAAGGUCGAGGUGGAGAAUGUCAACGACGAAUAUCCUAUCAUCGAAUCGUAUAAAGUUCACGAAGUGUUUGCAAGCGAAUACGCGAAGAUCGAUGAAGAAUUGUACGAAUUAUCGGCUUCCGAUCCGGAUGGAGAUCAACUAGACUUUAUCAUAAAGUUCGCCUCUACGACUUCUAGUUUAAGUACAUUUGGGAUUGAUUCGAGGACAGGAGUACUAAGGCUCAAAAAGCGCUUGGAUCACGAAGUACAAACUGAACAUGAACUUGUUAUAAGUGUCUCCGACGGUAAACACGAAGUUCUUAGUCGGAUUUUAAUAAAAGUGAAAAAUGAAAAUGACCACAAACCGAAAUUUAUUGGUAGUAAAUAUUCGAUUAAUAUUUCACCGUCAACAAGUUUCGGAUCUAAAGUACUACAGGUAACUGCUAGAGACCCCGAUAAAGGAGAGGCGGGACAAGUGAGAUAUUCGAUUGUUGGCGGUAAUACUGGAAAUUGUUGGAGAAUUGAUGAGUCCGAUGGUAGCAUAUUCGCAAACACAAAUCUGGCUAAUAUUAAACGAAAAACGUUCCACCUGUCUGUCCAGGCUUCAGAUAAGAAGCAUUUUGAUAGAGCAAAUGUUGCAAUAAGCCUUUCUUCUUCUGAAUAUGAAUUGCCUAAAUUUUCUCAGAGAAAUUUUUACGCUGAUAUUGAAGAGAAUAGAGAAGCAGAUUAUCCGAUUAUUACUCUUCAAUUAUUGAAUAGGGUAUCAGUAUCAUACGAGAUUUUAGCUGGAAAUGCCUUAGGAAGAUUUGUCAUCGAUCCAACAACCGGAACAAUUUUAACGACAGAGCCCCUUGAUUACGAGGCAGAGCGGUUGCAUAAUCUGACAAUUCGGGUUAUGAAUUUGGCAUUGAAGGGUGUAAACGUGUUCGUGACUGUCCGAGUGAUUGACGUAAAUGAUAAUCGUCCCGUUUGGUCUCAAUUACUAUGGAAGGGUAGAGUUAGGGAAAAUUCUCGUGUCGGAACCGCUAUUAUAGCGGAAGAUGGAAGUCUACUGACACUAAAAGCUUUUGAUAAAGACAGUGGGUUGAAUGGUCAAGUAGAAUAUAGCUUAAUAGAGUCGCAUGUUAAGCAAAACUUUACUAUAAAUGAAGUGACUGGGGCAGUUUUAGUUAAUGGGUUAAUAGACCGUGAAAAACAAAGUAGAUUCACCUUUACCGCACGAGUAAACGAUAAAAGCCCAACCAGAAAAUUACUUGCACACGAAGAUGCCACAAUAAUAAUUGACAUAGAAGACGUAGAAGAUACUCAUCCACAGUUUGAAAACAACAGAUACGAAACCACUAUACUUCUUCCAACCUACCCGGGAGUUCACGUAAUUACUGUUAGUGCGACAGAUGAAGAUGAAACAUCCAAGCUAACCUUUUCAUUAAAGAAUAAGGUAGACGGCUUUGAAAUUAACCCAAUAACUGGCGAGAUUACAAUCGUUAAACACCUAAGCCAACCAGAUAAAGUUAUACUUACCCCUGUUGUGUCAGACCAGAUUUUCACUGACUGGUCGACAGUAAAAGUGCACUUGAAACAAUCUAAAAGCUCAACUCUAAUGUUCCAGAAUUAUGAGGCGAAGGUUGUUGAGGAAUCGCGGCAAGCCGUUGAAUUAGCAACAAUUUUUCCGGCAAACCAUCAAUCGGAUAUUCCCCUUCGUUUCAGACUGAUUAAUUACAAGAAUCUCUUUUCUGUCAGACCAUAUUCUGGCAUGGUAGUUACCAAUGGUCUUCCGUUUGACAGAGAAGAACAAUCUCAUUACUUUUUAGCUAUAGAAGCGCACGACUUGACCAAAUCGGAAAAUUCUGCUCUAGUUUUCGUAAAUGUUACUAUUGAGGAUAUAAACGACCAUUCACCACUUUUUGUUAGACAACCUUACAUAGGUUUUGUAAACUACAACCUAGGAGUCGGAAGAAAGUGCUUCCAGGUGUCAGCGGUCGAUAAGGACAUCGGUGUCAAUGGUGUCAUUAAAUAUGAUCUCGAUUUUGAAUAUUCGGGAGAAAGGGAUUACUUUAGUAUUAGUUCAAAAUCGGGAAAGGUCAAACUAAGUCAGAAGUUAAGCGAAAACGACGUUGGGCGAGAAUUCCGUAUGACUGUAAGGGCUAGAGACUCAGCUACCAAAUAUUUACAAUCGGAAGCGACAUUAGUAAUGAAAGUAAUUAACGACGUUUCACCGUCGUUUAAACAAACGCAUUACGUUGGUAAAAUUAGUGAGGACGCGGAAAUUGGAUCAGUCGUAACAACAGUAGAAGCUGAAAGCAAGACGGGAAACAUUUUAUCCUAUUCGAUUGUACAUGGUGACGAAUUCGAUGAAUUCGAAGUUGAUUACAACAUUGGUUCUAUUAAAGUAAAACGACCUUUGGACUACGACAACGAGAAUUAUAGAUUUUAUAAAUUAAUAAUAAGAGUUACUGAAAUUCCGACCAAGUCAUACCAUGAAGCUUCACUUCAAAUAUUUGUUGAAGAUGCAAAUGAUAACGCUCCUGUGCUAAGCUUAUCUGAAUAUCAAACUUCUAUAUCGGAAAGAACGAGCAUCAAUUCGCUCUUACUUAACAUAUCUGCCACUGAUAAAGAUUCCAAACAAAAUGCCAAGCUGAAGUACUAUUUCGUUCCCGAAGAAAAUGAAUACUUGCGAAUUGAUGUUGAAACUGGGGCGAUUUAUUUAAUCGAGAGCGUCGAUAGAGAAUCAAUUAGCCGAAUACAGGCUACAGUAAGAGUCUCAGAUUCUGGAGUUCCGUCUCUCUAUUCUGAAGCUGAUAUUAUUAUUCAAAUUGAAGAUGUCAAUGACAACAGCCCAACUAUACAAUCGGAUAGUUUAAAGGUGGAAAUAUAUGAUGAUAUUAGUCCAAAGACUUUCGUCUCUGUCAUCUAUGCAACCGAUAACGACAUUAGCGACUUGGGAAAACUGCGCUAUUCGUUCAUCAACGGCAAUCAAGAAAAUCUAUUUCGAAUUGAUUCCAAAACUGGUAUAAUUACAAUGGCUGAUGCAGUCAGUAGGAAACAAAUUAAAAAUAGUUUAUACGUGUUAAAUGUGACGGUUACGGAUGGUAUUUUCACUGAGUUUGCCGUACUUAACAUUAAGGUCAAUAAGCGGAACAGAUAUUUACCAAUAUUCACAAAGAAUGUUUACGAAACUUCACUCGAGAAUAGUGAGGGAAGAGACGUGAGAAUUUUGAAUGUUAGUAUUCAGGCUAAUGAUGCGGACGAUGGGAAAAUGGGCAAAGUAAAAUAUACUUUGGAGUGUGAGGACUAUUGUAAAUCGUUCAAUAUAAGAAAGAGAACUGGUAAAUUAAGCGUUUUGGGAGAGCUCGACCCCUCCAUAAGUCCCAUUGAAUUGUCCGUAAAGGCCACGGACGGAGGAGGUAGAGAAAGCAAAUGUCUCGUUAGAAUAAACGUAAUUGGUCGGGAAGAUUUAACCCCUUCAUUCAUCAUGAAAGAAUAUCGAGCUAACCUUAUUGUAGGCAACCUGCUCGGAACUCACGUCGUUCAAUUGAGAAUUGAGCAAGAUUUUCCUGUCAAAUACUCGCUUCUAAGCGAAAAUAAGAUAAUACAUAAUCUCUUUGCCAUAGACUCGACUGGUCUGAUAUCAUUGACUGUUGAUCUAGAUUCUAGUCACGCUACAAAACUCUUUCAAUUCUUUGCUGUUGUCGAGCACAGUCUACACUCGGAUUUAAAGAAUCAAGUUCCCGUUGAAAUAUAUGUCAGAGGUAUUACUGAAACAGUACCGGGAUUCGAUCUAGGAAUUUGUGAUAAAACGUUGUCAAUAAGAGAAGAUUCCAACAUCGGCAGCUUUGUCACUGAAAUUCGAACGAUCAAUAGUGGUAAUAAAUUAUCAAUAGUGCCGGGAAAUUCAAAGAGAACCGGAGCCGACCAAUUCGCUAUCAACGACCAUGGUAAAUUAACAGUUUUUAAAAGAGUCGAUAGAGAAGAAGUAGAGCAAUACGAAAUAACAAUUCGCGGUGAAACCGGUGCUACUCCACCCAUUGUGGAGCAUUGUUCAAUUUUCAUUAAUUUGCUCGACAUGAACGAUAAUUCACCGGAAUUCGAACCCUUAGUUAAUGAAGUGGUAGUGAAUGAAAAUGAAAAUAUUGGAACACCGGUGUCACGGCUUUCUGCUUUUGACCCAGAUUAUGGACCGAACGGAACUAUAGUUUAUACUUUAGCCAACUUUCCGAAUGAAUUUUCUAUAGAUGGAACUUCUGGUCAAAUACAUACGGCAGCGGUGUUAGACUACGAAAAGGUAACAGAGUACAAAUUGGCAGUGGUUGCUUCCGAUUUGGGAAGUCCUCCUCUGGCAUCAACAAUGACAGUUACAAUUAAGGUUAACAACCUUAAUGAUGAACGGCCAAAGUUUGAAAAUGAUCUAUACAAACAUAGUAUAUAUGAAGAUGCAGCUAUUGGACAAGAAGUGUUAAUACUUCAAGCAGUAGAUUUAGAUGAAGAUGGAAGCGUAUCUCAUUACAUUCUUUCGGGUAAUGAAGAGUCUAAAUUUAAACUUGAUAGAAGUGGAAAGUUAACUAUAAACAAGGAAUUAGAUCGUGAAAGAACAUCAGAGUACACAUUAGAAAUUCUAGCCACGGACUCUUUGUACACUACGACCGCAACUGUUAAAAUUAAAGUCAAUGACAUUAACGACAAUGAUCCAAGAUGCGAAGAGAAACAAGCUCAUGCUGCAAUUCACGAAGAUGUAAAUAUUGAUACAAUGGUAUAUACGAUAAAAGCGCACGAUCCUGACAUAGAGAAGAAUGGACAAAUAUCUUAUUCGCUUUCGGGCGAAAGACAUUAUGACUUUUCUAUCGGAGCAAAGAACGGACAAAUAGUGACCAAAGCUAAACUCGAUUAUGAAGUACAUCCUUACUAUAAUUUAACAGCCAAAGCUAAAGAUUUUGGUGGAAGAUAUUGUGAAACUCGAUUAUUAAUCGAAAUAAAGAAUGUCAAUGAUAAUCCUCCAAAAUUCGAAAGAGAUACUUAUAACUUUCAAAUUCGAGAAGGAAUUAAUAAUGGAGUAGUAGGACGAGUAUGGGCAUUUGACCCAGAUUUAGAUGCAAACCAGCUGAUAACUUAUCAAAUUUCUGAUUCGAGUAACAAAUUUGCAAUUGAUAGAGAAAAGGGUAUAAUAACUCUAUUAGAAAGUCUUGAUAGAGAAAAGAAAGCUAAAUAUACAUUUCAAGUUGUAGCGAAUGACGAUGUUGAUUCCCAUUCCAACUACGCAACGGUUAACGUGGUCGUUUUAGAUGUUAACGAUAAUCCUCCGAUAUGGGAAAGAGAGCUAUACUCUAUUGAAUUGGCUGAAGAUCUUCCAAUAAAAUCUAAUGUUCUUAAAAUCCAAGCCACUAGUUUGGAUGUUGGAAUUAACGCUCAAUUAUCUUAUGAAAUUAUCAGAGGAAAUACUGAUGGAGUUUUUACUAUCGAUCGCAAAGAGGGUACAAUCUUAUUAUCUAAGGAAUUAGAUUACGAGAAGCAGAAGGAAUACUCUUUACUAAUUCAGGCUGUCGAUUCUGGGGUACCGCCCUUAAGUUCAAAUACUCAACUAAAGAUAAUUGUUACUGAUAAGAACGAUAAUGCUCCAUAUUUUGGGACUAAUAUUCCGAUAAUCAAGCACGUACGUGAGGAAGAGGCGAGGGGAAAGACUAUACUUAGAGUAAGUGCCAAGGACAUUGACAGCGGGGAUAAUGGAAGAAUUGAAUAUUCAUUGAAAGAGUGUCAACCUGAACACCAUUUUAUCAUCGACGAACGGUCUGGCGAAUUGAAAGCAGUCGAGGUUAUCGAUAGAGAAAAGGUCACGCAAUACGAUCUGAAAGUUGAAGCGAAAGACUUUGGGAAACCUCGUUUAUCUUCUACAAUUUCCGUUCAAAUAGUUGUCGAUGAUAUAAAUGAUAACACCCCUACAUUUACAAAGAGUAUAUAUGAAACUGUUGUCCAGGAAAGCAGCGAAGUUGGCUAUAGUAUUGUUAAAGUAUCGGCAACUGAUCCCGAUGGAGAAGGACAUGCUGGCCCCUUCCGUUACAGCCUUUUAUAUGGUGGUGAGAAAAAGUUUCGUGUAGAUUCUAAAACUGGCUGGAUAACAACUACCGACAUCUUUCGUCCUCAUGAACAAUUUUCCUUUAAGGUGAAAGCGUUUGAUCAAGGGAAUUUACAUUCAACGGCUAUAGUCAAUGUUAAGGUUGUAAAAGAAGGGCGAAAUCCUCCAAAAUUGUAUGGCUUCAACGCUACUUUAAGAAUAUCUGGAGAGACUGCUCAACCUGGCCCAGUGGGACGAUUAAGAGCUUAUGAUAAAGAUCCAUAUGACGCUAAUAUGCUGAGAUUCUCUAUUCAUUCGUACAAUAAGUAUUUUAAAGUUGACAUUGAGGACGGAACUCUACACUCCUUGAAACCUUUAGAUCCGGGAGAAUACGCCGUAAACACAAGUGUUGCUGACACAAAACACGUCAGCUAUUCAAUGGUUUAUAUAAAUGUAAAGAAAAUAUCCAGAAAAGCCGUUAAAAAUUCUGUUAUUGUACAUAUAAGCGAUAUGCUUCCAAGCGAUUUCCUCCACGCCAAAUAUAAGGAAACUUUUAUGAAAGUUGUCAGCAGUAUUGUUGCUCCACCGGAAUCUAAUAAACAAUUAUUAUUAUUGGGAAUGGAGGAAGCUCAUCAUGUUAUUCUUGAUGAGGAAGUGAUUGAAAAGAGAAAAAGAAGAUCAGUUCCCACGGAUUUGCUAUUGUUUUUGGCUGUUAAACACUCGGAUAAAAAUUCAAUAAGGCCUGAUGAAAGAUACGUUAAUAAUGUUAUUCUUAGAGAGAAUCUAUUAAAUUUUAAAGCUCAAAUUGAAAGAGAUUCCAGAAAUUUAAGGAUCGUUAAUAUUAAGAUAGACGAAUGCAAAAAAGCCAAAUGCGAACCUUAUAAAUGCCUAACUGAAGUUGAAAUUGCACCUCAAUUGAAUCGGUAUAUAACAGAACAAGAAAGUUUCGUUUCACCAGGCUUAAAGAUGGUAUCGAAAUGCGAUUGUCCAAUCGGUUUUCGUGGACCAUCUUGUAAAGAGGACGCAAGAGAGUGUAUAAAAUGCAGAGCACCGGAAGAAUGUAAAAAAAUUGAUGGAGAAUAUUCUUGUGUGUGCCCGCAAGGAUUUAAUUGUCAGGGUGUUAAAGAUCAAGAUGAAGAACAAGUUUUAUCUUUCACCGGAAACAGUUACGUCGAAUGGAAGGUUGCUAAGUCUAUUGAACAAGAAAUGAUUCUAUCUUUAGAAUUACGAACUCUGGCAACAAAAGGACCGAUAAUGCAUACUUCCGGUACAAAGCUUUAUUCUAGUAUUAUUGAAAUAUCCGAUGGUUGUAUACAAUAUCGUUGGGAUUGUGGAAGCGGUAGAAAUAUUAUUAGAAUACAGCAGCAGCCUAUUAGUGACGGAUGGUGGCAUAGUGUUAUUGUAAGGAGAAAUCAAGAUUGUUCCGCCGAGAUUAUUAUCGAUAACAAAUAUAAAUCUAGAGGAAAAGCUGGGGUAUUAAGGAAUGACGUAAACCUCGAAGCCGAAACAAUUAUAUUCGGCGCUCAAUUACGACGAGGCACAGUAAAAUCGGGUUUUGAGGGUUGCCUUCGACAUAUUGUAAUGAAUUCCCAACCUCUACAUCCCAGUAUAGCAAUGUUCUCGAAUGUUCAAGCGGGUUGCGGAAUAUCUUCAGCGAGUCUUUGUCAAUCGUCGUACUGUUCUAACGGUGGCAUUUGCAAACCCAUACCGGAGGAGAGUAAUUAUAAAUGCUUAUGUCCCCCAAAUACCACUGGGCGGGCUUGCGAAAAAGUCAUUUCAGAUGUUAUAUCGGCAAAGGGCGAAUUUAGAAUUUGGCAAGUCUUGAUUGCCUGUGGUAUUAUCAUUAUCCUCAUACUUUUUGCCUUAUCUCUCGUCUGUCUAAUUAAAAAGAGAAAAACGAAAGCCCGUGAAAGACGAGAAUUGAUGAAUGGCAGUUGCACUUAUAAUAAAGUUGGUGAAGAUUUAGAUCCUGCCAAAUGUGAUCACCUAGAAUUAACUGUGUGCCACCAACCUCCCCCUAUUCCACAAAGGCCUUCGUCUUAUACUCCAUCAGACGUUGGCUCAACUCUAGUACCCAACGCCUUAGGGGUGGUAGAACGAGCGAAUAAUUAUUCUAACGAUGCAAUAGAGGAACGUAACUCAAAGAGGCCCAGGGGAUUACAGGCGAAAGGUACUUAUCCGAUAGUCGAUAAGAACAAUUUGAACAUCUCAUUCGACGAUGAGAACAUGAAGAAGGCUCAGAACAAGGAAUUAUCAUCGUCAGGAGGACAAAGUUCAUUCGACGUUCAAUCUGAAGGACCAAGUAAGUCAUUAACCAAUUGUUAUUGUAUCUUUUUGUUUUGUUUUCAUAAAUUAUAAACAGUUUAAAAUACGUUUAAAAAAAAAAGAGAGAGAGAACAAAUUGAACAAAAGGGAACUACUUUUUGUGUUUGUUUAGUUCUUUCUUUUUUGUAUAUUCAAUUCGAUAAACGACGAAUUUAAUCAUACAAAACAAUUCUUUUUUUAUCAAUGCACCUUCAGGAAACUAUUUCAAAGUACCAACUACUAAUAAAGGUACAAUACGUUUGUAAGAAAGGCAUGCCAAAAAAAAAUGAACAACAGCUAUUACAAAUAUCAAAAUAAAGAGAGCAAAUUCUACACUAUCACGCACCCCUCCCUCCCUCCCUACCUUCCUCCCUUUCCCCCCUGGCCUUUUUAAUGAAUGUUUUUUAAAUACUAACUCUUAUUUACAUUUAUCCUUAUUCUUUUACAAUUCGGCAUGGCUGAUUUAUUUAAAUAGCUACUUAUUUAUUUCUUUUUUGACAUAUAUAUUAAUAUAUAUAUCAGUUUAUUUAAGUAAGACUAGUUUAUUUAUCCUCAUCAGUUUGGCUUUUCUUAUUAUCUAGGUUUAGACGAUUUUAAUAUUAAAAAUUCAUUAUAUUUUGCUUUUAUUCUCCCUUAUUCACAUAUAUUUAAAUAUUUAUCUUUGGCAUCUUUUUAAUAUCAUUCACAUGAUCGCUAAACUAUAUUAAAAUAUUUUAAUAAUUGUUAAAUUGAUUUUAGCCUAUGCGUGGGAUACUUCUGAUUGGGCGAGAUCUAGGGAUCCUUUACCACAAAUUACUCAGAUAUCAGGUAGCGUUGUUCCUGAUUCGUGUCCGCCGUCUCCUAAAGGAUCAAUCCUUCAACAUAAGAUAACCGAUGAUGAUUACGCGACGGAUGGCGGCUUUGCCGAAGGUCAUUUUGCCUGCGAUGAAUCACUUUUGGGUGACACAGACGAUGAUUUAGAUGAUGAAUUUCGUAAUAUGACCUUAGAUUUAAAAGUUCGUACCGAUAUGCUGAAUUCGGACGAUCUCCAAUAUGGUUUUCCUAUAAAACCGAUGGCUCCGUUAACCUACGACGACUAUGUUUCAACGGAUGGUUUAGCAGUAAGUGAUGAUGAUAAUAAUGAUAAUGAUCAGCGUAUAAGCCAAUUAUCUGACGAAGAUAACGACGACGAAGGUCGUUCAGAUCUAGCGUUAUUGCCAGCAGCAAAGCAAACCCAGGUGUAAGAAAUUAAAAUGUGCUCAACAAUAUUACCUUUUUUUUUUGUUUUGUAUGAAAAAGCUUUUGUUUGCUUAAACAAAAAGAAACAACUUCAAAAAUAAGCUAAAACAGGCAAUUUGGUGCUGUUUUUAUUUUUUUAAAUACUUAUAUAAACACAUAUACUAAAGGAAAGGAAAGUUUUUUUUUUCAAUGAAUGCUGAUCAACAAACGAAUAAUCAAUUUGCGUUAGAAAACCUGCAUGAAAUUUUUUUCUUUUGGAGGAGAUAAGGAAAAAAAUAAUUAAGUUAAAAAUUAUAAAGGAUUGUUUUCGCAAAAAUGGUGCUAAAUACUAUGUUCGAUUUUCUGAAAAAUGGAAAUUUCUUAGCCUAGUCUUCAUUUUUUAUUACUUUUUAUUUUAAAAUCUAUCUAUAUACAUGUCUUUUAUAUGUUAAAAAAAACAAAACAAGAAGAGAUGUUCAUGCAUGCAUACACAGCAUGAAUUAUAGUGUGUAAAUAUUGCAUAUACAUUAUCGUCUUUUUAUAUUUAUACGUUGUUUUUUUUUUAUACUAUUUCUUUGUAUUCACCUUUUUUUUGUGUGUGUAAAUUGA